AUGAUGCGCGUGGAGGCGGUGCCCAGUCUGCGGGGUCUCAUCGGCAUCAGUGGAACUAAAAGAGACAUUUAUGCGGCCCAAGUCUUUCUUGGGCACGAACUUCGUCCUCGCAGCUCUGAGGUGAAUGUCGUCACCACUGUCGCCUUAGGCAGUGAAGGCGGCUCAGGACUGCGGCUCCUGGGAGCGGGGGACCCGCCAGAGGCGGAGCGUCCCGUUGCCGGGCAGCAGAGGCGGAGCGUCCUGUUGCCGGGCAGCAGAGGGCCGGCCCGGAAUGUUUCCGUCUCCUCGGUGACUCGCGGCCGCCGUGCGGACCUGCGGCGAGAGGCGAUGUCUGCGGGCUCAGAGCCCGAGUGCCCCGCUGAGCCCCACGAACCACGGACCGCCCCUGCCACCGCGUGCGAGGGCUUCAUCGUCUUAUUUAGUGUCAGUUCAGUUUCCUGUCCCUGGAAGCUGGGAUCAUUGGGCGAUUUUACAAACGGGAGGCGAGGGCCCCUCGCCCCAGGUUCAUACCUGGCAGAGUUCCCCAGAUGGGAGGAUGAGGAGAAAGUGCCCCGUGACUGUGCCGUGUCCCGUGGCACAGUGACCCAGACAGGGGGAGUGCCGGCUGGGCCUGAGACAAUCACGAGGCUGGUCACAGGAGGAGUCAGAGCUGACAAGGAUGUGGGGACCUCAGUCCUGAACUGCAAGGAGCUGAAUUCCGUCAGCUACAGGAAGGGGCCUGGGAGCAGCUUCUCCCCCAGCACAUCCAAGAACUCAGACAGGCCCACCUGUUGGUGUCUGCGUCAGAACCCCCGAGCAGAGAACCAGCCCCUCCAGCCGUGCUCUGCCCCACAGGGCUGUGAGCUGGCCCUGGGUCCGGAGGUGCUGCCCAGCAGCGGGAGCCACCCCGCUCCACUUUACCUAAGGUGGAAACAUUGUGAGGCACCCGGUAUUAAGACUUUAUGCAACUUAACAAAACUUCUGAACACAGUUCAGAAAGAGCACAGAGAGGACAUCUCUCUUUACACCUCUGGACACCUGAAUCCCAACAAGCUCUGCAGGCCUCCCAAGAUGACCCUGUGUCACUGGCCCAAUGCCACCAGGCCAAAGCAGGAGAAGAUCUUUAGAGUGGAAAACCCAUCUGGGAGGGAGAUGGCAAAGAUGAAAGAUGCUUUGGCUUAUUUCACCAUCCCCACAGCUGUGGGUCCAAACGAUGCCCAGGACACUCCACUCUUCAGGUAUCUGAGCCCCCUGGAACACACCUCCCACACGUCGGAAGAGCCCCUCUUUGCAAGGAAGGUUCCAGGAGAAGAGGGUUCUCCUGAAUGGCGGAGGAGAGAAGAGUUGAGGUUGCCUGAGACAAAAGUGUUAAAGCAUGAGCCAGCAGCGUCCAGCCGUCCAUGUGCAUCAUGUGCCCCGGACAAGGAUGAGUACCGGUACCUUGGCUCCUAUUUGGGGGGCAUAACAAAGGCAGACAAGUACAGGAAGUUCCUGUGCUUCCUGAAGGAAGUCCUUGCAAAGCAAGAUCUCCUGAAGAAUGACUUCACUGGGAGCAAGUCAGCGAAACGCCACGAAGAGAAGUUGGAACAGGAGCUCCAGAAAGUAUGUGAGUGCGACCCUCAGCACUUCAGCAGACUGCAGGUCUUCAGAGAAGUCUUUGAAGAUAUUUGCAAUAGUUCUCUGACAUUCGGUGAUAUAUUGAAAGAAAUUAAGAAUGAAUAUGAACUCUACAUGGCGAUACUUCUGAAGUCCCAGCCCACAGAAGAGUAUAAGGCCUUGCUGGCUCACGUCAGGGGCCUGGAGAGGAGGCGGGUGAAGACAGCGGACAUCAGCCAGGCCAAGGAGGAGCUGAGGGCACUCGUGAUGGCCACCAAAGCAGCCCUGGAGCAUAACGACAGGCUCAGAAGUGAGUUAGAGAGGGAGAAAAUGCUGCUGAGAUCUGCUAAGAAAAAAUCAGAAUCACCUGAGAAAAAUGCAAUGGACGAGAAGCACCUUACUCUAAUUGAAAAGGUUGAGAAGAAGAGGUGUGAAAUACUUAAUGAAUGGGAUAAACUUCAAGCUCUUGAAAGAGAAAUUAAAACCACUCUUGUUCAUACUGGAAUUUUGCACAUCACUGAGAAUAGGAUUAAAAGCAUAGAGACUGAAGCUGUAAAGUUGGACACAGCAAAUAGAAUUUUAAAGCAGAAAAUAAAUAUGAUAGAAAACCGAGUGAAGCAGAGCAUGAGGAAGAGCAGGAUGAGCGAGGAGGAGCAGCGGAACCUUUGGGAAUUUAUUAACAACUUUGUAAAAUUAAAAGAAACAGAGUAACUCUCAAGUGACUGGAAAAAUGACCUAGGAGAAUUCACAACCAUCCUGUAGAUAACAUGGAUGUUUGCAGAUGCAUAAAUUAAUGAAGACACAUUUCAUUUCAUCGGUUUUAAUCUCUAAUAAAAUUCAAAUGGUGUAUGUAUCCUGUUCAAGAUACUGCAGUAAAUUCAUGUAUG